UAUUGUUUUCAUUGGCAUUAUUGCGCGGGUUUUUUUUAGCCUGAAACUAUAUUAAAAUUGUUUUGUUUAUUAAGUUAUUAACUAAUUUAAUGCGAAGUAAAGCGCUGGCAGCUAAACGAAUCGCAAGUCGUCAUGUCCAAGAAACCCAGUGCGCCUAGGAAACAGCUCACACUCAGCAGUUUCAUUGGCCUGAAUAGUAAUACUCAAAGUCCUCCUAAUAGAAAAGUGGCAAAUGUCAGGAGCAAGCCCACUGCUGUUUACAAUCCCAUCUUUCUCGACUCGUCAUCCGAUGAGGAAUCUACGCAGAGAUCCAGUCAAUCCAGCAAGGAUACUGAUUCUUCAAAAAAGUUUAGCCAAUCCAUCAAGAAUUCCGAGUCCGCUAAGUUCAAAAAGCACACAACUUUUAAAUCAGCGGACAAAGAUUCGCCUACAAAACUGCCACAAAGUGAGAGUAGUCAAUCGUACCGGGGCUUGUCUGAAUCACCUCCGGAAAAUGAGACAUUUAGGGACUUAAAAAAGAGACCGUCACGGAUUCAGAGGAAAAACGCAGUAUUUUCAUUGUCAGAUUCUCCAGAUUCAAAGCCAGUAAUAAAAUCGGAAUUAAGUUCAUUUGUUGAUCAUCCUAAAAAACUAUCACAGAAUGAGAAGCUCACGGACUCCCCUCAGCAAAAGUAUUCAUUUGAGGACUCCCCAAUUAAACAGAAUGGAGGAAGGCAUCCAUUACUUACGCUGCCUGAUUCUCCGCCACCUCAACAGCCUGCCAAUAAAAAGGGAAGAAAGUCUUCUCUGGACGAAAUCGUUAUUGAGGAAUCCCCUGAGAAGAAAGAAGUGGCUGAAAAAAAACCAAACUAUUCAGCUCAAAUCGAAUCACGCCGUGCCUUAAACGCAUUUAAAAAAAUAGGCAGUAAUACUAAUCUUUUCGAAGAUUCUCCAGACAAAAUUGACUGUCAGUCAGGCUAUAAACUGGGUUCGGCAAAAGAAAAUGCCAUCCCAACAAAGUCGGUUCCUAUCGCGCAAGAUGGCAAUAACGCUAGCUCUACUCCAUUAGCAGCUCCAGUAAAGCCCAGACUAAGUGUGGCGUUUGACAAUUCUCUGGCUGAUUAUCUAAAAGAUUUGGCCCAGAAUGACAAUUUUAGCAUCGAUCCCAACAAGCAGGGCGCUGAGGCACUGAAGAUCUCCCUGGGAUUCUUUCGUACCACUUAUGUCGAGCUUAUGGAAAAGUAUUGCUCUCUGAUUGACCAGAUACCUGCAAUGCACUUCAAUGAAAUUGCCGGCUUUCAGCCAAAUACAUUUAUCAAGCUUAAGGUAAUGCGACAAAAAUUCAAGGCAAGGACGCAGCUUCUCCAGAACACUCUUGAUAGGAAUGAAAGCAAACUUAAGGCUGAGCAGGAUGCGCUGGAGCGGGAGGAAAUGGAGAUGCGGGCGGAGCAGGGUCGGCUAACAGCAACAAGCUCAACUAGCAAACCAAAAGCCCCGCCAGAAAGCAGUCUCCGUGCAUUGCCCAUGAAUAAGCUCACAGAAAGCAAAGAAGAAAAAAUCCCAAAUCGUCAACAGUUAUUACAUGACCUUUGCGGAGAGCCAGAUGAUUACCCGCCACCCAGUAUGACUGACAGCCCCCCUCCGACAUACAAGCGCCAGCAAUUCCUACAAGAUUUUUGCGGGGCGCCGGACGAUUUCUCGCCACCUAGCAAAUCAAACAAUCCACCUCCAAUCCCAAAACGUCAGCACCUUCUUCACGACCUUUGUGGGGAGCCGGAUGAUUUCUCGCCAUCUAGCAAAUCAAAUAAUCCACCCUCCAUGCUAAAACGUCAGCAGCUCCUUCAAGACCUUUGCGGGGAGCCGGAUGAUUUCUCGCCACCUAGCAAAUCAAGCAAUCCGCCUCCAAUGCCCAAACGUCAGCAGCUCCUUCAAGACCUUUGCGGGGAGCCAGAUGAUUUCUCCCCAUCCAGCAAGCAAACCGAUCCGCAUUUAUUGCGAAAGCGCGAGGAACUCAUUCAUGAUCUUUGUGAGGAGCCAGACGACUAUUUGGCUCAGAGCAUGAUGAUGGACGACAACCUAGAGGAGGAGCAAAUGAACGGGCUUACGCAGCAAACCACAGUCACUGAGGUGGGAGAUGACGAUGAUGACUUAGAGGGUCUUUUGGCUGAUAUUGAGAACGAACACCAGCAGAUGCAGGGUCGCAGGUCAGAGUUCAAUGGCUAUGGCUACAAGGAUUUCGAAGCUGUUAAGGUAAAGGAGAAACCAAAGCAGACGUCUGCCAAUAUUACCAUAGAUGACGAUGGUUUUCCUGAAUACGAUGAGGCUAUGUUUGAGCAAAUGCAUUCCCAGGCUGCAGCUAAUAACAGUGGCUUAAGUGCAGGCCCAAGUACCAGUAAAAGCGUUGUUCCUGCCAAACUGUCUAGUGCUACAGAUUCUCAAAAGCUUUCUGGGAAUUUCCAUUCAAAUGUACACAACGACGGCAUUACGGGAGAGUUCGAUGGUCUAAAGUUUGAGCACUCUACCCGCCUCAUGCAUGGCCUGAGCUACAGUUUCGGUCUAAAGAGCUUCCGUCCUAAUCAGCUGCAGGUGAUCAAUGCCACUCUUUUGGGCAAUGACUGCUUCGUCCUGAUGCCAACGGGAGGAGGAAAGUCGUUGUGCUAUCAACUCCCUGCUAUUCUGACUGAGGGUGUUACCAUUGUUGUCAGUCCGCUGAAGUCGCUAAUCUUUGAUCAAAUCAAUAAACUGUCUUCUUUGGAUAUCUGUGCAAAAAGUCUGAGUGGGGAGCAAAAAAUGGCCGAUGUAAUGGCAAUCUUCAGGGAUUUGGAAUCUCAACCACCUAUGGUCAAACUGCUAUACGUUACGCCCGAGAAGAUCAGUAGCUCAACUCGUUUUCAAGACACGCUAGACAACCUGAAUUCGAACAAUUACAUAAGUCGAUUCGUUAUCGAUGAGGCGCAUUGUGUGUCCCAGUGGGGUCAUGACUUUAGACCAGACUACAAAAAACUCGGAGUCCUGAAGAAGCGUUUCCCCAACGUCCCAACCAUUGCGCUAACAGCCACAGCCACGCCCCGCGUUCGACUAGAUAUUCUGGCGCAGUUGAAUUUAAAGAACUGUAAGUGGUUCCUGUCCAGUUUCAAUCGCAGCAACCUGCGGUACAGGGUACUGCCCAAAAAAGGUGCCUCGACGUUGGAUGAAAUUAGUAGUUAUAUCCGUACCAAACCGACACACUACAGCGGCAUAAUCUACUGCCUGUCGCGCAAGGAGUGCGAGGAGACGGCCAAAAAAAUGUGUAAGAAUGGUGUCAGUGCGGUAGCUUACCAUGCGGGUCUAACGGAUAACGACAGAGAGAGUCGGCAAAAGGAUUGGUUGACAGGAAAGAUCCGGGUAAUCUGUGCUACCAUUGCGUUCGGCAUGGGCAUUGACAAGCCGGAUGUGCGGUUCGUUUUGCACUAUUCACUGCCAAAGUCCAUUGAGGGUUACUACCAGGAGGCAGGACGAGCCGGGCGUGAUGGAGAAGUUGCUGAUUGCAUUUUGUACUACAACUAUUCGGACAUGCUUAGGAUAAAGAAAAUGCUGGAUGCCGACAGAGCGUUGCAAUAUAAUGUGAAGAAGAUACAUAUUGACAAUUUAUACCGCAUCGUUGGAUACUGCGAAAAUCUCACAGAUUGCCGACGUGCCCAGCAGUUGGACUAUUUCGGGGAGCACUUUACCAGCGAGCAGUGUUUAGAGAACAAGCAAACCGCCUGCGACAACUGCAUCAACAAGCGAGCCUAUCGAGCGGUCGACGCAUUAGAGCAUGCCCGUAAAGCGGCACGUGCUGUGAAGGAUCUGUGCAGUGGCAGAUCUCGAUUCACACUUUUGCAUAUAGCUGACGUUCUUAAGGGUUCAAAGAUCAAGAAGAUCAUGGAUUUUAACCAUCACAAAACACCCCAUCAUGGAGCCUUAAAGGACUGGGAUAAGAACGAUGUACACCGUCUGUUGCGCAAAAUGGUCAUUGACGGCUAUCUAAGGGAGGAUUUGAUAUUCACGAACGACUUCCCACAGGCCUAUUUGUAUCUGGGUAAUAAUAUCAGUAAACUGAUGGAGGGUACGCCUAAUUUCGAUUUUGCUGUGACCAAAAAUGCCAAGGAUACCAAGGCAUCUGUUGCCACUGUAUCUGAUACUGCAGCGAGCAGUAGUGGUGAUGGCAAGUCUGGCUUGCGGGAAAUUCACGAGCGCUGCUACACGGAUCUUCUGGAUCUGUGCCGUACGAUUGCCAGCCAGCGGAAUGUUACUAUGGCCAGUAUUAUGAACAUUCAGGCCCUAAAGAGCAUGGCCGAAACACUUCCCCUCACUGAGAAGGACAUGUGCAGCAUUCCGCACGUGACAAAGGCGAACUACGACAAAUAUGGCUCUAAGCUGCUUGAGAUUACUAGCAACUAUGCCUCGGAGAAGCUGUUGAUGCAGGCCGUUCUGGACGAGGAGGAGGAACAGGCAGCCGCCAAGCAGAAGCCCAGUACCUCCGGAUGGAACAACGAAAGUGUUGAUUGGGACAGUGCACGUGCAUCGCAAGGCGGUGGCAACACAAGCGCUACCAGCGGUUUCAAUUCCUUCAGAGCGGGAAAGAGGAAAAAAAUGUAUAAGGCAGGAGCCAGCAAAAGGUACAAGGCCAAUACAUCGCCAGCGGCAGCUAGAAAGACCACAUCAACAAGGGGUCGAGGCGGUAAGCGAGCUGAGAGCACAGCAUCUUCAUCAUCUGGCUGGAAAUCUAAGAAAACAGGAAACAGCUUCGGAUUUGAUCUAAUGCCAAUGCCAGGAUCAAAAUAACGUUCGAUUGUCUUCAAACGUUAUCAGAAACAAAAUAAGGUAAAAUAUAUUUUUAAAAUUAAUUUGUUUAAAACAUUUGUUUUUUGGAUGAGCAAUAGCUGCGUAUUUUCCGUUAAGAAUAAAAUGUAACAAUGCAUAAUUACUUUAGUAAAACCACUUUGCUCAAUCCAA